CGCUCGUCGCGUGCGCACGUGUGUUCACUACAGCGAUCAAUCAACCGUUAUCGUCCUACAUGAAAACCUAAUGAACGGAAGAGGUAGCUGCAUGUGUUAGUGUUGUGAAGUACUGUGUUGUGUUCAUGUUGGAAUGGAGGAGGUUCACAUAUCGGAUUGGCCGGAGCCUCCCGGCUCGCAUGCAUGGCUGCCCGCUUACGGCUUCCAGCAUGAAAUAAUGGAGAAAGACGAGUAUUUCGUCUCCAAUGGUGACAAUGGCAGCAAUCACGCUUUGUACCUUGAGACAAUUGUCGAGGAGACAAGCGAUGAUUUGCGAUCAGAACGCUCUUCUGCCGCUACUUGGCUAUCUGAUUCGGAUGCUGACUCUGUUAUCCAUGUACGAGGAACUGCAGGUUCUGAUUGUGACAGCGAGUCUGAACGUGAGUGGGCGUGUCCUGCCAAGAGACGGCGCAGGGAGCGCGCCACCUCGCCCAUCAGCACGGGUUCCCUGUCGCGCUCCUCCAGUCUAGCCCAAUUCGAAUCCCUGGAACGGUCGUGUGCCGCCCCCGUGUCCCCCAGCCUGUCCCCGGACUCUCUGGAAUCACCUCCAGCGUCCCCGCCUCCCACUCGUCCUGCGCCCCGUGUCCAUCUCUCCACCGAGAACCUCAGCGAGGACAGUGGUUACAGCGAACGCGCCCGCCGUCCUCCCCCUCCCCCGCCGCCGCCCGCUCGUCUCCACACACCCGAAAUAGCCCGCGGGCCGGUCGCUGGCAGCGUGCCCUGUCUCGCCUCUCCCAGUGCCGGUCGCCGUCAGCCGCGGUCCGUGCGCUCGCUCUCACUGCCGGCCGAGCUGGAUGUCUGCUCCGAGCCACUGCGUCACGCCGCUGCCACACACACGGCCAGGUUCAGACAGACCUUCGAAGUUUGUGACAGCUUCACCGUCAGUGUGGCGGACCUGACGGCCCUCGACUACCGCGGGGCCCCGCGCCGGCCCCGCCUCCCCCCGCCGCCUCCCCCGCCGAGGCCCUCGCACCGGCCGCCGCCGCCGCCACGAGACGAUGUGGUGGUGCGCCCCUCGUGCACCUCGCGCGUCACGCCGGCCCGCGAGCCGAGCGCCGGCAGCGAUUCUACCACCGAGUCGGAAAGGGCGUUCGCGAUUGAAAUGGAAGCGACCGCACGUAGAUUAGACGAAAAUGCCAAAAAAGCUCUCGCCGACACUGGAAAUUACGACCGUGAAAUAUCAGUGCUGACCGCGAGACGACUCCAGGACUCGUGGGCGGUCUGGGACGACGUGCUCGAUGAGUUGAGGAGAAGGAUGGAACCGUCGUCACCCACGCCGUCGCCCCCGAGGACUCCCUCACCCGAACCCAUCCGGGAGCCCGCGUUCUCAUCGACCCCUCUCCGUCCGGGAGACGCGCGGGUCCGGUCCACCCCCGAGCUCCGGGCUCGAGCGACGCCCCAGCGGGAGACCCCGGAGGAGUUGCGCGCCUCCUUACAACUCAUGGCCCCUCGUCCUGAACCGUUGCCUCCUAUACGGUCCGUGUCCACCGGGUCGAAGGGCGUGACGUUUUCCCCGGUGGUGGCCGAGGUCAGCUGGCGCGAGACGAGCACGAGCAGCAGUCAGAGCAGCGACAGACGGACGAGCGAGAGUUCUAGUGCGAGCGUGGACGGCGCUGACGCAGAGGUCGUCGUAGUGGAGGGGACCGGCGAGUCGGCGCGAGCGACGCACGCAGAACGCACCGCAGACAUGACGGAAACGGCCGCGCGCGCGCCUCGCGGCAGGAUCGCCGGGUUUCUAUCGCGGUUCGCGAACUUCCGUUUCUCGGGGCGCAAGGAGAAAAAGACGCGCAGCGCAGGCGCGAACAACAGGGCGGGCGGCGGCACGGCGACGGCGGCAGACGGGCAGGGGGCGCGAGCGGGCACCGGCGCGCCGCAUUAUGUACGGAUCCCCUUGAAGGAGGAAGGUGUGUCACGCUCCACGGCAGUCCCGGCGGGCGGCGUGGCGCACAAGCCGCCGCGGCCGCGCCCGCCGCCCGCUCCGGCGCCCGGGGUGCUGGAGACGGACGUGGACACCCAGCGCACGGUGCUGCACGCCCGCUCACUGCUCGCCCUCGGACCGCCCGACCAGCGCACCCCGCGGCCACACAAGUCCAUGGAGUUCCUGCUAGACAAGGACAGCGCGCAAGCUAUACAGCCUCCGGAAAACGAAUUGCAGAAGAAUUCCGACCGCGUGCUCUCUGAGCACGAACUUCGGGUUCAAAGAUCAUUGCAGAAGCUCAAUGUGCCAGAAUGGUACAAGAACGCCCCAGCCCCGCGCGAGGGCUUCCUUCUUCGGAAGCGGUUGUCCGACGCUUCAUCAGCAGCUCGGUGGAGUGGUCUUAACUCGAAGACCACAUCACUGGGCAGUCUCGGUGCUAACAACGCCCAGCCCCCGCCACCUCAGCUAUCACCUCACACAACCAGUUUCGGUAGAUGGUCUACCAGUCGACUUAACUCGAAUCAAACCUCCCCGUGUUCGUCUACCCGCAGCAGUGUCCGCGGCGCCAGUCCCCUGUGCUCGCCGUCUGCUCGUUCUUCUUUCAGCGCUCGUCAGCCCUACCUCGGCUGGAGGAGUCAGGAGAGACUCAACUCCACUCCACGAACGCCGCAUGAGAGGCUAGCUUCUUCUCUUCUUCAGCAGUCCGCUUCAGCGAAAGCCGCAGAGGAGAUACAGACGUCGAUAAAGGAAGUGACGUCAGCGAUCGUCCACUACGUAUCAGGCUUAGAGCCGGCAAACGGUGACGUAGAGAGGCAACCUUCGCCGCGCUCCAGUCAGAAGUUGUACUGGCUCGAAAGCUCGUUUGUUGGUACAAAACCGCUGGAAUCUCCUCAGACUCCGCUGGUGGUGUCGGAGUCCCUGCCCCCGGCCCACCCCCGGCCGCCCUCCUCCCUGCGCCUCGAGCACCGCGCGGCGCCCGACUGGCAGGAUUCUCAGCGUUCUCUAAACCUGGGCGUAACUCGCCCGUCCCCGGGUUCAACGACCCUCGAAGACGUGCUGGAUUCACUUCUGGGGCUUCCUUCUCAGCCCACCAGAGUUCCCACUCCUCAACCCAGCCCAAGGAAAUCAGCGAGUCCAUAUUACUUGCUCAGCGGAAAGAGUCCUCGCUACGAGCAACUGGCUAGCAGCGGCCACAGCAGCAUUUCGCCAGCUUCCCGUUUCCUCGGCACACCCAGUGAAGCCCCCAGCUCCCUCACCGACCCCAGCCCGGACCACGAUCGACCAGGGAAGGAUACAGUUGAUACUCCUGCUAUGCAGGAAACGAGGCGAUCGCGGUCUCAGGGCGAGCACUCUCGCAGGAGGAGUGAGCCCUUCGCUCGUCCUAGUACAUCCCUCGACCGCCGCACCAGUCUCGACGUUGCCGCCCUGCGCGAACAGAACCUCACCCAUCACGACUCCAGAACCUCCCUCGCCUCACUCCAAACCGAAAACAGCACAGAUGACACCUGCGUCAAGUGCAAGUACCCUAAAUGUUCAUCCCGAGCCCCAUUACCGGAUGCCAAGAGGCAUUACAAAACUUGCCACAACUGUACCACCAUGUACUGUUCCAAAGAAUGUAGACGAGCCCAUUGGGAAAAGCACAGGAAGGUCUGUCUACACUCUCGUGCGAGCAGUUUGUGUAGACAAAUUAUAUCGGCCGCGAAAGAGGAUUCCGACUCUCUGCAUCAAAUCAGUACGAUCGCUCAUAAGGGAUAUCUGGCCCAAGGUAGAGGUGUUGUCAAAAUCUUCUUCACGAGUCCAGAGGCGGCUGAGAAGUUCACCACGCACGGCUACCAGUACUUGAGCGAACCGGAAUUCGUCAAAUGGACUUCUCUGCAGCCAAAUGAAAUGGGCGCCGAACUAUACACAGAGGUCGUAAAACUUUGCAAGGCUUACAAUCCAGAAACGAGAGUAAUUUUAUACGUAGCGGUGUGUAUCAUUAGCGAAGUACCAACAAAAGGCGCCGUUAAAUGGGAGAGACAGAUGGUGUCCAGGUGUGCUAAACUUCGUUUAAGCAAAACUGUUUCAUCGGCCAUCCAAGAACAGAACAGAAAAAGAAAUAGAAGAGACAGUAAGGGAACACCCGAUGACCGCGAGACCUUGAUACUGACCUCCAAAUUAACGAACGCGGGGGAGAAGAACGCAGCGACAGCGCACAAGUUCAGGGAGAUAUGCUUCAGGAACAUCCUGAACGAAUUGGAGAGUCGCGGCGUGGUGAUGAAGAAACAUUUCCCCGAAGUGUACUCGCGGCUGGCGGCUUACGUGGACGGCACCAGCGACAGGUUCAUACCUAUGACGAUAUACCCGAAAGACGUCACCAGUGGGCGGUCCUUCGUCUGCGUCAUCAUGCCGGACAACGACACGGAAUGCGGAACUGCGAUCGAUAGCAAAGUGACUACAGUGGAUGUUGGGGUGGAUCGCUCCAAACACCAGCUCUCAACGCCGAUGUAGAGAAAGAUCCUCACGUUCACCAGAAUACAAGUGGACGGCCAUUUUGAUGUUGGUGAUUGGAGUCGAUUCGAGCUUGUGGGCGGCCAUGUUGGAUGUUGGAAUGGAUCCAAGCUGUUAGCUGACGUCACACGAUAGAAUUAAACAUAUAUUCCUUGGUAUGAAGGACGCAAUCGCUCAAAACUGUUCUCGUUCGUUCUUAUGACGUAUGAAUUGUUCGAUAAUUCUUAUUGAUUCCACGUUUUGAAUCUCGUUUGUGGAUGUUUAAUGUGCUCCUCCUUAUUGAUAGUACACUUUCUUCUAUAGCUGUAUUUCUACUUGAAUGUUCGAUUCCAAGAUUCGUACUUAAAGACGAGUUAAGUGUACAUUCCUUACGAAAAGACAUUUUUUAUUUCAAAUAAAAAGACUUAUUUUAUAGUCCAAUACGACUUAGUAUAUGUAAAACAAUAUUUAAAAUAUUAUAUAUAUAUAACAUUUGAUUCUAAGAAUUCUAUUCUAUUCUAGAUUCUAUAAAAAAACAUAUUUAAAAAACCAGAUACCGGUUGCAAACAAUGUUGAUUGUAACUCAAAAAAAAAAUUUCCUGCAAACAAAAUUUUAAAUUUCAAUUUAUUACUGUAUUCAUGUCUAUAUGAUAAUGACAAUAUUGUAAAUUGACAUUACAUAUAUAUUUAUAACUAAUUAAUUAUUUAUAUAAUCAGUGUCUUUAUAAAUGUAAUUUUAUACAAAGCAUUUAAGGCUUGUAGUUAUGCAAAAUAUUUUAUUGUAAUAAAUAAAUUUAUUCCUAAACGACAGAAUCAUAUACAAAAUGAUAAAAAAAAAAUACCCUAUCCUGUCUGAUGAAUUUAGGUGUUAAUUGUUGCUUAAAAAUAUAUGGGUAGUCUUACGUUUGUUUAAAGAAAUAUAUAUUUAUUAAUAUUUCUGUUAUAAAUAAUUAUCAGAGAGAUCAAUUGUAUUAACAUAAAAAAAAAAACACUUUAAACCUGAACAAUUAUUCAUAAUGAAAAAAAUAAAAUCAUUUAACCAGGAAAAAAACAUUAAAGUCUUAACAGUGCCAACUUGAAAUAAUCAAAAUGAAUUUGAAAGUUUUGUACUUUUACAAACACCAUUGUACAGAUUUUUGUAAACAAUUUUAAUGCUAUAGCUUCUCGUAUUAUAGAAUCAUGCCUACAUAAAAAAGUUUUUUAUAAUCUGUGGAAAGCGUCAUAAAGUAAAACCUUUAGUAAUCUCAUAUUGGCUAAAUUACUGUAUUAUCAUAGAUGUAUCCAUUAAUAUUACUUGGAAUGAUUUAAAAUUAGGACCACUACAAACAAUUUUCUGCUUCACAUUUAGAUACAUGUCAUUAGAUAAUUAAUUUGUUUUAAAUCUGAAUAGUUUUUAUAUGCAAUAGAUUUAUAGUCUACAUUUACUACCGUUAUUUCAAACAUAAAUUUUGUUCGACAUUUUAUUGUUACUGUUACGAUGUUAGUGUUCAAAAUAAUUAUUACUUUGGUGUUAUGAUUGUGUUCUGUAACAAUUUAUAUACAUAUGAAUGUGAACAAGGUAAAGAGAAUUUUGUAUUUCACAAUAUAUUAUUUAUAUAUUUAAAACUAAUCUCUAAGCGAAUGAUUUGAUGGUGCUUGUGAUUUGUUUGACACUUCAAGCGCCGAAUUUAUAUUGUUGAAAGCCCGCUGUACAUUGGAGCUUCAUAUUUGUUAACUACAGAAGCUGUGUUAUUCCUCAGCCUAGUUGAAAGCGUAUUCAUGUAGAUAUUUUAACUAUACAUGUAUACUAUCAAUGGAUAAACGCAAAUAAAAUUUCUAAAAUUGAUACCAUAUCAAUUGUUUUGUCAUAGUCAGGAAUAGAUUUUUUUUAUCUAAUUGUCCCUAUUAUAUACGUAUUUUAAAUAUACGGUACAGCCUAAAA